CGGCAGUUUUCAAGAAAUUUAGUAGUGUACCAUCGCCACCUAUAAUAAUUAUCUUUUCUUUCGGUUUUGUCGAUCCUGACGAGCAGUCGUGCAAAUACUAACUUACGCCGUCUCGAAGGUCUAAUGUAGCCGUGCUGCACAGUAUUCCGAACCAGUCCGUCUGCAACGUAGGUACUCGCAUCACAGCAACAUAAACAGCACCAACAACAACAACAAACAUCGACAGUUACAAUAAUAAUACAACACAUAUUACAUCUGUGUUUUUCUGUGAUAUAAUAUCCACGUCGACGGAGGUGACUUGUGUGAACGUGAAAUAGACAGAUUGCGGUCAUCGAAAUUUAAUUCAAUUCGAGGCGACUUCGCAAUAUUAUUUUUAUAAGACCGGGCCACGAAGACGCACACGGACGGACACGAGACAGCAAAAUGUUGUACGAUCCGCCAAAGACGACCUUGUACGUUUGCACCGUACUCCUGCACACUGCCAGUUUAAUUAUUUGUACAACAAUUCAUCCAGAUAUUAACCCUACACCUCCGCUAGAAUUUCCAUCAGAUGGAUUACAUGUAAGGAUCGUACAAGCAGUCGAACCUUAUAAUUUAACUAAGCCACCAAUGUUUAAUUUUGGAAAUAAUGAAACAAUAACUGAUGAACCAACUGACAAACUUCAAGAAGCAUUCAAAAAUGAACUUAAUGAUGGAGUACUCAAACCAUCUUCACAACCUAUCAACGUCAUUGCUAAGAUAUCAAAAAAUUAUACUGAAAAUUAUAUCGAAAAUAAAUAUUACAAUAAUCACAUUGAUAGCUGGACAUCAAUUACAUUAACAUUAAUUGUCCUUAUAGUUUUAUCAGUUAUGGUGUUGGCAUGUUCUGCAUUAUGCUUGAAAAAAAUACAAAACUUGAAAAUAUCAAAACGACAACUGCUGAUAGAAGAUUAUGAUGAUUCUGUAAUGAACGAUUUAAUACACAUUCAGCGUGUGUAAACAAUUUACCAUAAAUAAAGAAAUAUAUAUCAAUAAAUGCAAAUAUGUAUUCUAUUUAACUGAAUGAAAACAUAAGACUAAACUAAAAAAAUUAACAAACA